GAUCCACGGCAAUUAAAGCCAUUGUGUCAGCAACCAAAUGCAUGCUAAAUUGCUCAUCAAGGAAAGAAAAAAAAUAAAAAAGGAAGAAAUUAACCUCCAUGAACAACCACCACCACCAUUUCCUUCUCAUAUGCUGCCCUGCCCAAGGCCACCUCAACCCCACACUACAACUCGCCAAGCGUCUGAUAGACGCCGGUGCAGCUGUCACUUUCGCCACUACCGUCCACGGCCUCCGGCAGCUCAAAACCUUCCCUUCCCUCGAGGGUUUAUCCUAUGCCUCUUUCUCGGAUGGUUUCGAUGACGGAAUCAAGCCCACCAACGACUCCUCACACAUCAUUUCCGAGAUCAAGCGCGUUGGCUCCCAAACACUAACCGACCUGAUUCAACGCCUCUCGGACGAGCACCGGGGAGUCACCUGCUUGAUCUAUACGGUUCUCCUGCAAUGGGCUGCUGAAGUCGCACGCCAAGUGGGGAUACCUUCUGCGUUUUUCUGCAUCCCGUCCACUGCAGCUUUGGCCAUAAUCCACCAUUAUUUCAAUAGCCAAGACGGUGUGUUUGAGAGCUUUGGUUCUGAGCCUCCCAAUUCUGUCCAAUUACAAGGUUUACCCCCCUUUGCAUCCACAGAAUUGCCUUCCUUUCUCUUGCCGACCAGUCCACACGCUUCAAUCAUCCCUUCCUUUAAAGAACACAUCCGGACCCUGGAAAAGGAUCCGAAUCCAUGCGUGAUCCUCAACACCUUUGCUGCUCUAGAAGGUGACGCAAUCAAAGCAGUCGCUAGUAUGAAUCCGAUAGCACUCGGACCACUGAUUCCGUCUGUGUUGUUCAACGGAAAAGGUGACCAAUCCGAUGCAUCUUCUUUUCAAUGUCAGUUGUUCGAGAGCAGCACUAAGGAUUAUCUUAAUUGGCUGAACUCAAAGCAAGAUCACUCGGUGGCUUAUGUGUCUUUCGGAAGCAUGGUUACGAUGCAGAGAAAGCAAACGGAAGAAAUUUUGCAUGGACUUAUAGAUUCAGGCCGACCAUUCUUGUUGGUAAUACGAUCUUCAGAGCCGACGAUGGAAGGACAAGAAUCAGUUGAUCAUGAUGUGGUAAUGAAGAGGUUGAAGGAAGAAGGGCAAGGGUUGGUCGUGCCAUGGUGCUCACAAGCGGACGUGCUAUGCCACCAUUCAGUGGGGUGUUUCGUGACGCAUUGCGGUUGGAACUCGACACUGGAAAGUAUAGGGGCAGGGGUGCCAAUGGUGGCAUGUCCACAUUUUUCUGACCAAGUUACGAACGCCAAGUUGGUGGAGGAGGUGUGGGGAAUAGGUGUUAAAGCAGGGGUGGAUGAAGAAGGCGUGGUGAGAAGGGAAGAGCUCAAGAGGUGCUUGGAGAUGGUGAUGGGAGGUGGAGAGAAAGGGGAAGAGAUCAUGAGGAAUGUCAAGAAAUGGAAGAGUUUAGCUUUGCAGGCAGUGGAGGAGGGCGGCUCUUCACACAAUGAUUUCAAGCUUUUCAUGGAAAAGUUCAGGUAAAAUGUAUGUGGCAGAUCACAUUAAUUCGAAUUACCUCGAGUAAAAUUCUCAUAAGUUCGGAUUUUUGUUUAUCUUACAGCUCACGUCAAAUAUUUGUAAUUAUACAUCUCCGUUACUUAAGAGACUAGUAGAGUCUCUCAUAUAAUUUCAAAGAUUAAGAGCCUAAGAUGGUUGCUAUAGGAAAUUGUAAAGAAAGGAAAAGGCUUUUUGUUUGUACAUUCAUUUAAUUGAUAAUAACUUCUCCACCAA